AUGCGACGCCGGGCGUCACGUGCCGUCGCGGAACAUGAGCUUUCGCUGCUGCCGCCCCGGUCCAUGAUUGACUGGUGCAACGCGAUGCGGACGGCGAUCUCCUCCAUGUCGUCGUCGGCAUCGGAUCCGCCACCGGAUGCAGCGCUGUUGCUGUCGCUCACCAUAGAUCGUACGUGGACGGACGCGUACGCACCCAGCACGCACUACAGCCAAAUACACACACGCGUCACAGCAGCGAAACACCAACUACUCAAUAGAAAAACCAUGGCCUCUGCCGCGCCCUUCUUCGUCCUCCUCGCCCUGGCCACCAUGCAGCCGCAGACCGCGUCGUCUGAGAAGGAGACGCACCUCAAGGUGUAUUGGCAUGACGUGCUGAGCGGACCGGACCCGACGGCGGUGCGGGUAGCGCGCGCGGCCACGACUAACACCUCCAAGGCAGCCUUCGGCCUCGUGAGUGUCAUCGACGACCCGCUCACCGAGGGCCCCGGCCUCAACUCGUCCAGGCUCAUGGGCCGCGCCCAGGGCACCUACAUCGCCGCCGGCAAGGACCAGGUCGCGCUGCUCGUGAACAUGAACUUCGUCUUCACGGCCAGAAAGUACAACGGCAGCAGCGUCGUCAUUAUGGGUCGCAACGCUGUGUUCAACAAGGUCCGUGAGAUCGCUGUCAUCGGUGGUACAGGCAUUUUCAGGUGGGCCCGCGGGUACGCGCAGGCCAGGACGCACACCUUGGACCUCAAGACCGGCGACGCCGCCGUCGAGUACAACGUAUUCAUCAGGCACUAGUCUCCGACCGCGGUCAAAUUUUAUGAGGACUUUUGUAUACUCAAGCUACAAGAAUAAAUUUACUUAUAUGCGUUAUUUUCAGAAAACUUUUCUCGUGAUUCGUGUGGUGUCAGUUAUAUGGAUGGUAUUGCUGCUUAUUUAUUUAGAGCAUCUACAGUCCGACUUAAUAAAUCUGGUCCUAAACA